AUGGCUGACCCUUCCCUUGACAGAACUGCAUUAAAUGCCGAGCAGGAGCUGUUGCGCCGUCUUGCAGAAAAAGAACCAACCUUUGCCGAAAUCUCCCAGCUUCUGUCCGAAUUCCGCGUCGCGUGCCAGAAUGCGAUUCUUUCCGACUUUGAUGCUGCUCGGACCAUCGACGUGGAAGGCCGUCUCUGGGAAGCACAUCUGAAACUCAAUAAUCGCUUUCGGAAGCUUCUCGCUCGUUAUCGAGAAGAGAAUACGAAGAAGAGACCUGUCGAGAAGCGGAAACUUGAGAAGCAUUAUCUAGACUUCAUCAAGUCAAGCCAACGUUUUUACCGCGGCUAUAUUCAACAUCUUUCUUCCCAAUUUGGUGGUAUUGUGGAGUUGGAGAAGGUCGCGCACAAGUUCAACUUUGAGAGCUUGUCUAGCACUUCCCCCGCCGCGAUUACUCCCGACCUCCGUUUGCGCAUCCUCCAGUCAUGCCACGCAACCCUAAUUCGGCUUGGUGAUCUCUCCCGUUACCGCGAGACCGAACUUGCCAGCAGCAAGCGCAAUUGGGGCCCGGCAAUUGGAUAUUAUGACUUGGCCUCAGUGAUUUACCCAGCUUCGGGUGCGUCCCAUAACCAGCUGGCAGUCAUCGCGCUCGCCGAUGGCAAUCAUUUCCGAGCUACAUACCACCUCUACCGCGCCCUAUCUGCGCACACCCCACAUCCAUCUGCGAAAGGAAAUCUGGAAAUUGAAUUCAAAAAGGUCAUGAAUGCGUGGGCGAAGCGCGAGCUCAUCCGACCUGAGGAUCAAGGCGUUCCUGGGAAGGCGCUUGCGCCAUGGUUCGUCUACCUCCAUGCACAGUGCUACCGGGGUCACGACUUCCCCGAGCAUGAAGAGCUGGAGAGUGAGGUCAUGAGCCAGUUGGCGAUAGAUGUGAGGGAGCGCUCGCACGAGGGAACGCUCCAGAAAUUCUGUCUGGUCAACAUUGCCGCUGAGGACUUUGCUCGAACCCGGUCCAGCGAGGAAUCGGUGUCCAAUGCUCGCAUGUUCUUCCAACGUAUCAAUGUCAAGACUUUCUUCACUCUGCUGCAGGUUCUUCUCGUCGAGCUCGAGCGCUUUGCGGGUGAAGAAUCAAGCAACGGCGACCAAGCUCCGAAGAACGGUCCGGACAAGAUCACCGUCGUCGCUCGACGGAUUCUGCCUGCUUUGCGCCAUUACAGUUCCUGGCUCCUUGUCACUAGUGAUUACCUGCUCGCUUCCAAGGAAGAGCAGGACUCGUCCUUGGCUAUUCAAAUCCAGGAAUUCUGGAAGAUCUACGCAGGGACCCUUACACUCUUGGCAUCCACAUUCGAUGUGGUUCACCUUCCCGAAGUGGAUUAUCUCCUAGAGGAGGAUGAGGAAAGUCUUGGCUUUGCGCCGCUAGAUCAGCCGGCAACUUCUCGUCGAUACGUCGGUCAGGGUGAUCGCCUGAAACCGAGAAUGAAUGACCCGGGAGUGGAGAGAAGUCACCCCAACAUUGAGAUGCUUUAUCGCAUUCGAGAAUUCGUGAUCGAUGGUCUAGAUCUGGUCGUAAGAAAUAAAAUCCCCGUGACACUGGUGGACGAUGAGGACAAGAAGACCUUUAUCUACCAAGAAGAUGGACUGCCUUCUCAGUUUUUUUCGAGCCCUCUGGCUCAUCCAGCCCCCAUGAUAGCACCGGCCGUCGAACGAGAAGAUCUUCCAGCAGAAAGCCAAAUUGCCGUGACUAGCGGCGAUACCCGCAGCACGUUUGGCGAUUCCCAGUCUAUCUCUGCCUCCGCUUGUGCCUCUAUGUCGGUCAACAUGCACCGCAUCGCCGAGGACGUCGAUCGCUUGGUCGAGUCUGACACCUACGAACAUGCCCCGCAUCUUCCGGGCCAAUUUGCCUUCCUUCAGGAUUCGGCACAAAUGUCCGUCCCGUCGGCCCGCGCGGGAGCAGACCUCAACAUCUUCCAGCUUCAGAACGAAAAUAGCGCCCAGCAGCUCAAAACUUCAAUGCUUCCCCCGGGUCUCGGACCUCCCAACGCUCACGCCACGGAGGCUCUGCGCACACCAGUUGGCCAGUCUUACCAUCCUCUCCCCACGCUUCCCAGCAUCCCGAGCAUCUGGAAUACCUCCACUUCCACACAGCUCCGAGAUACCGUUUCUCCACGCACGCCACCAGGUCUUGGUCUGACAAUCCCGAGUAAUACUACGAAUGCGAUGGAUACCAACGUCGCUAGGUCUCCAGUUCCAGACCAGACUCGCAAUGACCUACUUCGACAAAACAUCAUGGUACAGCCCCAGCCCUCCAGCUCUCAGGAUACGUCUAGCUCCACGCCCUCGUGGCUACCAUUCACCAACACGCAAGUGGGCAAUCAGUGGGGUACAGAUCCCCGUCGCUUCUCUUACGCCCCGAGUCAAUCAAACCCUGGCGGAUUUCCAACCCAGUCCUGGCCCAACGAGGCUUUCAUUACAAGCAGCUUGGCACCAGGCGCGGACGCAUUUAGCGCUGGAUUCAACAACCACCGCAAGUCCACUACACAAUUAGGCGCUAUUGGACAAACCCCACCUUGUGGACAAGGAGGCUUCUCGAGGUCUCCAUAG